AUGAGCGGAUCCGCGAGAAACGUCCCCGACGCUUGGGACGACGAUUGGGAGGCUAUCGCCGACAAGCAAGACGCUGCCCCGCCUGAGCCCCAGCCCCCGAAAAAGCUGACCAAGGCUGAGCGAAGGGCACAGCAUGCUGAGUUCAAUAGGCAGUUGUGGGAGGCGGCAGAAACCCCCAAAGAAACACCACUCUUCCUGCAAGCCAAAACCGAUGUGCCGCUCAAGAACGACGUCAAGGCGCCCGUCAAGGUUCUGAGCCGAAAGCCCCCACCCAAGAUUCUAUCGCGAGGCGACAAUGAUGAGGACAGCGAGGAGGAGGCGCGCAAGAAGUCGGAGCGGGAAUUCGCAGAACGCCAAGCUAGGGCGCAACAAGAGCGUGAAGAAAAACAACGCAGGUACGCGGAAGUGCGGGAGAGGCUGUUCGGCUCCUCCACGCCCGACAGCUCGCAGGAACGGUCUGCGUCACCGCGUGGUAAUGGCGGCAAGCAAUUCAGAGGCAAGGGCAGGGGCGGCAGAGGCGGCGAUCGGGGAGAUUCUGAUGCCAAUUCCUCGGCGGAUCAGUCACCUGCGCGUGGCCAAGGGACCCCCAAGCGGCAGCUAUAUGAGCCGGGUUACUCGGCUAAGCCGAAUUCGUCAUACGUGCAGAGGCAGCAGGACGGCUCGUCACGGUCUCGGUCCGGGACGCCAGGGGUGGAUCAGCCCAUUCGUGCACCGCGUGGCCCGGAUGGGGGUGGCAGGGGAGGGUUCGGCUUUGCUCCGAGAGGCGGACGCAAGUCCUCUUCAUGA